ACAGUCUCAGCAGCAGCAGACCUCCAGGGACGUGUUUCAGGAAAUACAGCCAUCAGUGUUUAAAGAAGAGGAAACUGGAUUACUGCUGUUGAGCGAAUCCUCACUGGGAACUUGACGCUUUUCCCAAUACAGACUGGUCCAGAUUCAGUUAAGAAACUCUUUGGGAACGUUGGAUAAUGCAAGGAAAAUAAAGAGAAAAAGAGGAAAUAAGAGAAUAAGAAUAAGGUGGGAAAGUGGAGGAAGAGUGGUUGAAUUGGACUGGAACUAAAAGUAAGAGACAAGUGCAAACAGACUGCCAUUUCUCAACUUUGAACGGGAUCUUGGGGAUUUAGCCUUUCGUCAUGACGGCUAGAGAGACUGAAGAGACAGUGACAUGUGGACAACAAAAGAAGGCGGGAAAGAUGAUCAUCGGAGGAGGAAGGAAUGUGAAGCUUUCUCAGUCUUUCACCACCCUAAGCACCAUUGCCAUCCAGGCUGGCCAAUCACAGAUCAUCAUCUCUGUCCUCAGGAGCGGGUCUCUAGUCCAUAUCCAGUUGGUCCAGGCCCAUCCAAGCCUCUGUGAGAUUGGAUUGAACCAGGAGGAAAACCAGACCCUGAUCCAGGAGCAGCAGCAGCUGAUGGAGAAACUCAAGAAACAUGAGGGGGAAGUGCUGGCGGCGGUGAGCCAAAAGAUGGAUCAGAGGAGGAAGAGGAGGGAUGAAGGGAUGAUGGAGCGAAACAAGAAAAAUGAGGAGGAAGAGGGAGUUCACAAGGCCAUGGUGGAGUCUCUGAGCGAUGGGUGGUCGCUGCUCCUUCACCUGCUCGAGAAACGUCAGGAAGUCCUGAUACUGGCUUCAGACUUUUACCGCAGAGUGCUAGAGUUUUCUGUCAGUAUUGACAGAGUUGAGGAUCUACAGCUCAGACCAGAUGACGACAGACUGACUGAAAUUCAGCUCACGUAUGACUCCAUGAGGAGAGAUCUUCUGGGAAAAUCCCUGCAGGUUUUAACCAGCAGCAGCGUCCUGCUGCAGAAACUCAGACAGCUGCAGAGGACCGAGGCCCUCCAGAGGAGAGGCGGGGUACUGCAGGAUGAGGAGGAGGAUGGAGAGGAAGAGGAGAGUUCCCAGUGCAGGUUGGGGGUGGCAUCGAGGCUGGAGGAGCUGGUGGAGACACUGCAGGAUAGAAGGAGGAGGGCGGACCAGGCUGUCAGGCUGCAGCUCCUGAGGGUGGAGAACAGCAUCAGAGAGCAAGAGUCCAGACCAGAAAGCUCUGAAAACUGGACUCUCACAGUUGACAAAAUCCUGGUCCAGAACCCGCAGUCUGAAUCCACAUCAGCAGAGAGCGCAGACCUGCUGUCAGAUUCCAGAAUAAAAGAAACGACAGACCGUCAGGCUGGAUUCAGAGCAGAUGUGAGGCCUGGAUCUCAAUCAGAGGAGACCACAAACUUUGAGACGGUAUCCAGGUCAGAUCUAAAGCCUGGAAUCAAAUUAGAUAGGAUUGAAUCUAGAUCAGAGCAAACCAGAGAUGUGGAGCUUGAAUUCAAGUUAGAAGAGACCAGAAACUCAAAGUCACGUUCCAGAUCAGUUCUGAAACCUGAAUCCAGAUCAGAGGAAAACAAAGACCUUCAACCUGAAUCCAAAGAUGAUGUUCAAGCUGGAUCUAGGUCAGAUCUGCAGCCUGGAUUCAGAUUAGAGCCAAGGCCUGUACCUAGACUAGAGGAAAUCAGGAACCUGCAGUCCAGAUUCAUCUUAAACCUGAAAGCUGGAUCCAGAUCAGACCUGAAGUCAGAUUCGAAAUUAGAGGAGACCAUAGACCAUCAGCCCGGAUCAAGGUCAAAGGAGACCAAAGAUCUACAGCAUGAAUUCACACCAAAUGUGAAGUCUGAGUCCAGAUCAGAGGAGACCAGAAACCUACAGCCAGGAUCCAGAUUAGAGCAGACCCCUGGAUCUAGAUUAGAGCAAAUCAGAGAUAUAGAGCCAGAGGAAACCAGAAACUUAGAGUCAGGAUCUAGAUCAAAUAUAAAGCCUGAAUCCAGAUCAGUUCCAAAGCUUAGAUCUAGAUCUGAGGAAAACAACAACUUGCAGUCUGAAUCCAAAUCAGAGAAGAUGGUGAAGCUCCAGUUAGGACCUGGGACAGAUCUGAAUCAUGGAUCCAACUCAGAAAGAGACAGAAACCUGCAGUCUGGAUGUAGAUCAGAUCUGCAGUCACAUUCCACCUCAGAGGACACCAGAAACACUGAGCCAGAAUCCAGAUCAGAUGCAAAGUCAAGAUCCAGAUUAGACCUGCAGCCUGAAUCCAGAUCAGAGAAGAACAUAGACUUGCAGUUUGAAUCCACAUUAGCAGAGAGCAAAGAUCUGCCAUCUGAAUCCAGAUCAGAUGAGACCAGAGACCAUCAGUCUGGUACCAUAUCAACUCUGAAGACUGAAUCCAGAUCAGAGGAGACCAUAGACCUGCAUCCCCAAUCGAGAUCAGAGGUGACCAGAGUCCUUCACUCUGGCAUCAUAUCUGUUCUGAAGCCUGGAUCCAGAUCAGAGGAGACUAGAAACCUGCAGCCUGGUUCCAGAUCAGAUGAACUGCUGGGAUCUGGAUCUGAUUUGGAGCCUGGAUCCAGAUCAGAGACUGAAGACAUCAGUUUGUCCAAAUUGAGCAGGAAACAAGAAAAAACCAAACAGCACAGACCUGCUACAACCAGCAGUGGGCAGGUGGCAGGACAGGAGAGCAUGCUGGGAAAGGAGAGUCAAAGUGGAGAAGACCACACCCAUCGAGUACCCCUGACCAGUCAGCAGCAGCAGCUGCUGUCGUCAUGUGAACACCUCAUGGACAAGGUGUGGACUUGGGUGCAGCAGGGCAGGAGUGUGUUGUCUAACAGCUCUGAAGCAGGACAGCAACUCUCUGAAGCCGAAGAUGCUCUGAACAAACACCUGCAGCUGCACACACAGGCUGAGUCUGCAGGUCACGAUGCAGAAAACUUGAAGCAGAUCGUGGAUCAGAUUCAAGCUCUGCACACAGAUCCAACUAGCAGAACCAGUCCCCGGCCUCCAAGUGAACCCAGCAGGCAGCUGUCCCCUCUGAAGGCCCUGACAGAGCAACUGAAGAGAGGCGGCACCAGAGGGCAGACCAGAACCAGCACUGCUCGGCCUGGUCCACCUGCUCCUGACUCAACCGGCUCACUGAGUCCUGAACUUGCUGGUCGAGUUGAUCUGGUCCUGAAGGAGCUGCAGAGUCUGAACAGGAAAAUUGAUUCAAACCUGCAGCUGCUGCAAACUUACGUCACUUUCCUCAGAACAGCACAGCAGGUGGAGGAGAGGAUGGAGGAACUGAGGGAGAUCUACAGGAGGCGGCCAGAAGAAGAGGAAGAGGAGGAGCAGGAGAAGCAGGAGGAGAGGGAAGCUGGUAGUAGUAACAUCAAGACUACCACCAGUUCUGUGUCACCACAGAAAAAGAAGCGAGUUGAGGCCUCCUGGCAGGAAACACUGCAGAGGAUCCUCACUGCUCAGGAGCUGGGAGACAACUAUGUCCACGCUGUCACCAUGGUGUUGGGAUCAGGGUUAAACCUGCAGUCUAUGGUAUCAGUGGUGCAGAGGACAAUUGAACAACUCAACAAAAGCAAACAGGAAGUGAAUGAGCUGCAGAAUCAUCAUCAAAUCCAGAGCCAGCAGCAGCAGGAGGACAUGAAGUUCUGCAGGAAAUACCAAGAGAGACUGCUCAAGACCCUGCAGGACUUGAACUGUGUUUCUGAGCUGCUGGACUCCUGCACUCUGUUGGAUCUGGGUUCAGAGCAGCAGACCUCCAAGUUGUUGGAGCACUUCAGCCAGGCCAGACCACAAUUUGCUCAACUAGACGCUGAGGUGGAGUACGUGAUGAAGAGCUGGGAGACUGUGAGAGGAGCCCAGAACCGACUGGAGGUGAAGGAGGUAAAGGGAGGAGCAGUCAAGGAGGAGGAUCUGUCAGACCUGCUGAAGCUCCAGAGGAGAGUGAAGGACAAGAUCCAGCAGAGCGAGUCAAUCUUGGACCUGACUAGCAACUUCCAUCUCAUAGCCAAACAGCUGGAGGUGCUGCUCCAGUCAGAUCCUGCAAACCCUAUGACUGGUUCAACUGGUCUACGUGGAUCAGGUGAGAGUGAGUUGAGCCAGGACAGGGAGGAACAGCAGCAGAUCCAGAGUCUAUUUACAACUGCUUCAACGCUGAAGAUGGACAUCUGCACUGCCGUCUCCCACAGUGGUUGGACGAGUUUCAGACUGGAGCAGCUGGAGGCACGUCUUCUGUCUCUGGACUCUCUCUGUGUCUCGUGGCUGAACGAAGCAGCUCAACGUGAGGAGAAACUCCACAGAGAGCUGCUGACCCGCCUCUUCAACGAUGACAUCAACCAGCUUCGUGACUCCUUUAAGGAGCUGAAGAAGCGGUUCAGCAACUUGAAGUUUAGCUACCUGAAGAGAAACGACAGGAUGAGGAACAUGAAGGCUGUCAGGAACCAGCUGCAGCAGGUGGAGGUGUACGAGGAGAAGCUGCAGGUGCUCAAGAAACGCCUGCAGGGUGUGACAGCUCGGUUGGGGUCAGAGGUCAAGGACGGGGGCGUGGCCCGGGAGGUGGAGGAUGCCAUCAACGAGCUGCAAAGACAGAUGGGAGAGUUUGAGCGAAGUGUCAGCGAACACCAAAAAACACUGGACAUGACCUGCAGACUGCAGCAGGCCAUGGAGGAGUAUCAGUUCUGGUGUGAGGAAGCGAGUGCAACCAUCGCUCGCGUCGGGAAGUUUUCUUCAGAGUGUCGCAGCACAGAAGCCGCCUCUGUUCUCUACCGACAGUUUGAGAAGUUUGUCUGGCCGACGGUUCCUCAGCAGGAGGAGAGGAUCAGUCAGAUCACUGAGCUGGCUGUCAGACUGCACGGGGUGGAGGAGGGGCAGCGGUACAUAGAGAAGACGGUCAAUAAACACUCAGAGAUGGUGGAGUCCAUCAAAGAGCUGAGUGAUGGACUGAUGGAGCUGGAGGCCAAACUAAAGCUUGAGAGUCUUAAACAGCAGCAGAAUGACGGAGAGAAAGAAAUAAAGAAGGAGGGAGAGAUGGAGCGGAGGAAAGAGAAUGAGACAGAAGAGAAAGAUCAAGAAAAAGAGAACAAACUGAAGGAAAACAGAAAGAUGAAAAAGAAGGAGCAGACGGAUAACCGCAGCACACAGGAGGCUGCUGACAUGUACGAGUUGAAGGAGACAGGCCACACCCCCGAAUUGACCACCGAGCAUGAUGGGAGGGAGGUUCCUGUGAAGAGGCAGACAGCAGCCAAUAGGAAGCCUCCAUUACAGAAGAGCCGCAGUCAGGAGGCAGAGAGCAGCCACAGGCAGCAGUCACACAGCGAGAGGCUCAUCCUCCUGCUACUGCUCCACCCAUACCUUCAGCCUGUCCCGCUCCUCGGUGGAGGCUAGCCGACAGGUCCAUGCCAUCCACAGUCAAGUACAGGCUGUCGCCACCGAGUCUCAGGCGAUGCCCCCUCCUCCUCUGACUAGCCCAUCAUUCUCUGAUGUCCAGAGGGAGUUUCAGAGGAAGGAGAUGCAGGAUGCAUCAGCAGGAGGCCUGUCAGAGACAGAGCUCCAGCAGCAAGAAGUGAUGACAGAGGACUCGCUGUCCAACGAUGAAUACGAUUGUGCAUCACCUGACGACAUUUCCCUGCCACCAUUGGCAGAGACACCAGA